AGAAGAAGUUACAGAACCCGCGAAGCAAAAGAAAAGAGCAUGACUUGCUGCUUCCAUCGAUGGUUUAUGGCAGAUCACCAAGCUCGCGCCUUUCACAAUUUGCAACACUCUUCUUUCAGUUUCAGCCCUCACAGAUUCGUCUCCCCUACAGACCCAUUUCCAUCUUGUGCUUCUCGAGUACUGCUACAGCUUCAAACCGAGCCACAGAAUCGACCUACAAGCUCGCAACUUUUUCCCACAUUUAUCAAGAAUGCUCGCUUCAAAGAGCCCUGAACCCGGGCAAACAGGCCCAUGCUCGAAUGGUUGUUUCUGGGUUUGUGCCGACGACUUUUGUAUCGAACUGUUUGAUCCAAAUGUAUGUCAAGUGUUCGAACUUGGUCGAUGCGAACAAAGUGUUCGACGGAAUGACUCAGAGGGAUGUGGUUUCUUACAACGCGGUGAUUUUUGGGUUUGCUGGCUGUGGUGAGAUGGGAAUUGCAAGGAAGAUCUUCGAUGAGAUGUCUGUGAGAGAUGUCGUAUCGUGGAACUCGAUUGUUUCGGGGUUCUUGCAGAAUGGAGAGCAUGGUAAGGCAAUGGCUGUUUUCUCUGAGAUGGGUAGAUCAGGUGUGAAGUUGGAUAGGACGACUUUUGCUGUUGCUCUAAAAGCUUCUGCUGGUUUAGGAGAUUGCUAUGUGGGUGUUCAGCUUCAUGGUUUAGCAAUCAGGUUGGGGCUCGUUAAUGACGUUUUCACUGGCAGUGCGCUGCUGGAUAUGUAUGGAAAAUGUAAUCGGGUGGAUGAUUCGCUGACGGUGUUCCGAGAAAUCCCAGAGAAAAACUGGGUUUCAUGGAGUGCCAUGAUUGCUGCUUGCACUCAAAAUGAUAGAUUGUUCAUGGGGUUAGAGCUGUUCAAUGAGAUGCAAAACACUGGAGGAGUAGGGGUCAGUCAGUCGAUCUAUGCCACCAUUUUCAGAUCCUGUGCAGGCCUAUCUGCUCCAGAUCUAGGAGCUCAAUUCCAUUGUCAUGCUAUCAAGACCGAUUUUGGAUCAGACGUGAUAGUGGGAACUGCAACACUCGAUAUGUAUGCAAAAUCUGGAAGCAUCGGAGAUGCUCAUAAGCUAUUUAACUCUAUGCGAAAGCAUAAUCUACAGUCCUACAAUGCCAUUAUUGUUGGGUAUGCAAGAUGCGGUGAAGGCUCCGAAGCUAUGUUGUUAUUUCGACGCCUGAUGAAGUCCAACUUAGGUUUCGACGAAAUAACUCUAUCAGGAGCAUUCUGUGGUUGUGCUUCAAUCAAAGAGAAGUUUUUGGGACUACAACUGCAUGCACUAACGAUCAAGACUGUUUUUUAUACAAAUGUCUGCGUGGUGAAUGCCAUGAUUGACAUGUAUGGUAAAUGUGGAGCUUUAGUGGAAGCUACCUCUGUCUUCAAUGAGAUGAUAUACAGGGAUGCAGUGUCCUGGAAUGCCAUCAUUGCAGCUAAUGAGCAGAAUGCCUGUGAAGAUUACACACUUCCGAUUUUCUCAUUGAUGCUUCGGUUCGGAAUGGAACCCGAUGAAUUCACCUAUGGCAGUGUUCUUAAAGCAUGUGCAGGCCAGCAAUCUGUAGGCAGCGGCAAGGAAAUCCAUGGAAGAAUCAUCAAAUCCGGAUUGGGUUUGGAGCCAUUCAUUGGAGGUGCUCUUGUUGAUAUGUACUGUAAAUGUGGAGCUAUGAAGGAGGCCGAGAAAAUCCAUGAGAGAAGUGACCCACAACCGAUGGUUUCGUGGAAUGCAAUUAUUUCAGGAUUCUCAUUGCUACAACAGAGCGAGGAAGCUCAAAGCUUCUUCCUUUACAUGCUAGAAGCCGGUGUAAAGCCUGACAACUUCACAUAUGCUGCAAUUCUUGACACCUGUGCUAACUUAGCUACGGUUGGUCUAGGAAUGCAGAUUCAUGCUCAGGUCAUAAAGCAACAAUUUCAGUCCGAUGUGUACAUAUCGAGUACACUGGUGGACAUGUAUUCAAAGUGCGGUAAACUUCAAGAUUCAGAACUAAUGUACGAGAAAGCACCAAAGAAGGACCUCGUGGCAUGGAACAGUCUGAUAUGCGGUUAUUCACAACAUGGGCUUGGAGAAAAGGCAUUGAUUGUAUUUGAGGAGAAGAGACCUGAGAAAGUGAACCCAAACCGCGCCACCUUUCUUUCAGUUCUUCGUGCGUGUGCACAUAAGGGACUUCUCGGCACAGGAAUGUCUUAUUUUCACACUAUGCAAAAGGAGCAUCAUUUGGAACCUGAAAUUGAGCAUUAUUCAUGUAUGGUGGAUCUAUUAGGGAGAUCAGGGAAAACAGAAGAAGCUCUGAGGCUUAUUGAGGGAAUGCCGUUUGAAGCUGAUGCUAUUAUAUGGAGGACUCUGCUCAGCAUUUGCAAGAUGGAUGGGAAUGUGGAGAUUGCAGAGAAGGCUGCGAGUUGUAUUUUGCAGUUAGAGCCGGAUGACUCUUCUGCUUAUAUUCUUCUCUGCAACAUUUAUGCUGACGCUGGGAUGUGGGGCAAGGUUUCUGAGGCUAGGAAGAAGAUGAAGGCCAAUAGGCUUAAGAAGGAACCAGGCUGCAGCUGGAUUGAGAUUAGAGAUGAAGUGCAUCGAUUUGUCAGUGGAGACCAGUCCCAUCUGAGAUGUGACAACAUAUACGAAAAUCUCAGUCUGCUGGUUGAUGAGAUGAAGUGGACUGGUGACAUGUCAUUUGAAUUCCACUUAUGACUUGCUGUGAAUGAGGUGUCAAUAAUGAAUAAUCUGAUCCUUA